AUGCAUGUAAAAUGUUUGCAACGUUGCUCGUGUGCUGAUGCACGGCACUCAGAAAUUAAUGGACAAUGUACUGAAAUACUACCUUAUACGAAUAUCGGAAGAACAAGUACAACUUCACCGAGGGAAGAAAGAAAAAUUGGCUGUAUUCGAGGUGGGCAAUGCAAGCUGAACGAAAUAUUUCACGAAGAAGAAUGCAUGCUACUAGAACAUUCCUGCGGAUCAAAAAUGAAGCUGGUUUUGAUUGGUACUAUCUAUACGAAUGAAAGUUGGAAAUGCUCUAUGCAGUGCAAGUGCAUUAAUGGGUAUAUUGAGAUAAGUGGUGGAUGCAGUGAGAUAACGCAAAACGUUGAAACUAAUUGUAUGCGAGGAGAUUGCAUUCUUAAUGAAGUAGUUCGCGAUAUUAGCUGUUCACUAAAAGGUCAGUUUUGUGGAAAUAACAUGAAAUUCACUUUACUCAAACGACAUGAGGAGCGUUACAAGUACAUUUCCUUUGGAAACUGCAUCGUUCAGUGCAAAUGCAUAGAGGGAUACAAAGAAGAAAAUGCGUAUGGUAAUUCUUAUUUUCUUCAUCCAAAAACAUUAGCUUCGGUUUAUACCAUUAGUGAUGUGUCGCAUUCACUGACUGGGUUGCACAGAUUUAAUGCGAUUAUUUCUCGGAAUCUCGUGAAACAGGAAUCGAAGUGUGUGUUUUUCCUGGCAAUUGUAGUUAACAUAUUUCUAAUAAUCUUGAAAUAUUCUUUCACGAAUGUGCCGCACAGAAGAACUUUUAAACUUGGCCAUAUUUUCGAAGAUUUUGGUUGCCUAUCAACUAAUGCUAUGUGUGGCAAAAAUAUGGCAUUUUAUACAAUUAAGCGAGAAGUCACGUCUAAUUCAUUGAUUCCUGUAAAAUGUUCGCAACGUUGCUCGUGUGCUGACGCACGACACUCAGAAAUUAAUGGACAUUGUACUGGAAUACUAUCGGAUAUGAAUAUUAGAAGCACAACAUCACAGGCUUUGGCUACAUCUACGGUCUCUCCACCACCCGAGCAAACAACCUAUGAACUAAACAAAUUGGUCAGUGAUUAUGAAUGCCAAAUGAUUGGUCACAGCUGUGGAAAAAAUAUGGUGUUCCAAAUAUUUGCAAAGUUCAAUGAAUCUUGCGUCGAUAGAUGUGCUUGUGCAAAUAAUUUUGUUGAACAUAACAAACGAUGCGUCGCAUAUGUUUGGGUUGUCGAUAAUCAUUUUGGUGAGGCUGAUAACGAUUAUUCAAUGAGGGAAGAAAGAAAAAUUGGCUGUAUUCGAGGUGGACAAUGCAAGCUGAACGAAAUAUUUCACGAAGAAGAAUGCAUGCUACUAGAACAUUCCUGCGGAUCAAAAAUGAAGCUGGUUUUGAUUGAUACUAUCUAUACGAAUGAAAGUUGGAAAUGCUCUAUGCAGUGCAAGUGCAUUAAUGGGUAUAUUGAGAUAAGUGGUGGAUGCAGUGAGAUAACCAAUAACUAUCUUGGAAAAAUUAACUGCAUGCGAGGAGAAUGUACCCUUCAUGAAACAAUUCGAGAUAUCAGCUGUUCAUUGGGAGGUCAAUUCUGCGGACAUAAUAUGAAGUUCGUUCUAAUCAAACGAUCCGAGCACCGCCAUCGUUAUAUUCCCUUUGGAAGUUGCAUUGUCCAAUGCAAAUGUGCAGAGGGAUAUAUGGAAAAAAAUGGGCAAUGCACUACAGAACACGAGGAAUUGAAGAAAGCUGUGAGUUUCAAAAUACCUUCAUGCGCAGUUUGCUUAAUCGAUCUUUGCUUGGAAAGCGGUUGUGAAGUUGGAACAAUAAUUCGUGAUAAACGAUGCCAGUUGGCUGGAAAAAAAUGUGGAAAUAAUAUGAUUUUCGUCGUGGCCAAUAGUACAGUUCAUGGCGGAAUACAUGUAGCGAAUUGUAUGCAACGCUGUAGUUGCAUAAAUUCUGAUUUUAUCGAGAAGAAUUCUGGUUGUGAAAGGAAAAGUACCACUGAUUAUUCAACAACUACCACAUCUCGUAACACGAUCACUACUGGAAUAAUGCACGGCUUUAAAAUGGAUACAAAAGAGCAAUAUGACCUUGGAGAAGAAAUUUCUGACCUUGGUUGCCGCUUGCAGAAACAUGAAUGUGGAAUCAACAAGAUAUUCAUUAUUGUCGCAGAAUAUACUGCCGAGCACGAUUCGAAUAUUAAAGGUUGCAUCGAACGUUGCAGUUGUAUCGCUGAAUACGAGGAGGCACUCGGCAGUUGCAUUAAAAUCAGCCAAAAUUUCUAA